AUGUUGAAGCCAAGCAAAAAGGGAAGUACAACCUCGGCAAAUGCUAAACCCAAGCAGUCCAAAGCAGAAGUAGCACAGAAUAUAGCCCCGAGUGAUCAUGCAGAAAAAAAGUUGAAAGCUGCAUCUUCUGAGCACAAAAUACAGAGUGUGUUAAAAGGUGCAUCUGGUGCUCAGAAGUCUUCAUCUGUUACUCCCCCUAAGCAACCAAAGAUUCCAUCAGGGAAACCUCCUUUAAUUGCGCAGUUCCGUGACGUGAAGUUUGAUAAGGAUAGCAGUGAUGAUGAUAGUGACAGUAGCAAUGUUAGUAGCGGCAGUGAUAGUGGGAGUGGUAGUGAAGACGACAGCGAUGAAGGUGAGGAUGGUGAGAAUGAGGAAGAUAGCAGUGGCAGUGACACUGACACUGACGGCAGUGAUGAGGAAGAGGAAGGGGGUGAACACCAUGAUGACGGUGUUGACAUAACCAAGGAGCUUGUGAUAUGGAGGGAUAUACAAACGAGCCAACCGGGUUCAUCAGCUCUAAGUGGAAGAAUAAGUAACCUGUCCACUAUAAAAAGUACCACGCCGGAGAAAGACUAUCAGCCAGGAGCCACUGGACAACCAGCUGAACGCAGAUGCCGUCAGUCAUGA